GGUUUUUUUUUUUUCAAGUAAAGAUGGGAUUUAUCAUGGAAUUCGCUGAGAAUUUGAUUUUGAGAUUAAUGGAGGAUCCAAAGGAGAGGGAUCGCAAAUUUAGGGAACAUGUGUAUGCAAUGAAAGAUCGAUGCCAGAAAACAAAGGAAAUGUGGAGUUACCCUCUCCGUCCUUAUGGAUUUUGGACAUUUGAGCGCCAUAAUUCACAGCUCGCUUGGGAUGCUCAGAUUAGUCAGGUGCCUGGCCGAAGGGACCCCUAUGAUGACCUCCUUCAAGAUAGCUAUGACUCCCGUAAAUGAACAUGAAGAGAACUCAGUGGCAAAAAACAUAUUUAUAAGGAGCUUUCUUAAUGGAAGGAAGGAGAACGAAGAAUGGAUUUUAUGCUUUUGUACUGUUGAACUUUUGUAAUUUGUCUCCAGCAAUAUCAUUUGAUAGUUUAUAAUAAUCAUAAAAGAUUUGAGACAAGUUGAUGUUGAAUAAUUGUUCAUGGAGCUCUCUCAUGGAAUCUGUGUUUGUUAAAUGUUGAUCAUCUUCCUCGUCUGACCUCACUCUUUCUCUGUAA